AUGGGCCCAGCACAGACAGAAGCCAUGGCGCAGCGCUUGUCCAGCGAGCUGGAGCGCGACGACGAGGACGCGGUCCUCGAGACGCCACAGAAGCGGCGGUGCGUGGAGAAGGCGACGCCCCAGAAAGAGCCUUCCCCGCCCGACCGAUUGCUGCCCGGCCUGCUAGUGGCGCAGGAGGCGCUGCCCACCUUUGGUGGAUUGCUGGCGGAGAUGCUGUGGCAGCUGGAGGGGAAGCACCAAAUGCGGGAUCUGCACAGCCUCCUGUGCACCUCGAAGACAGCGGAGAAGGCGCUGGUGGUCGGCAUCAAGGAGUUUCGUCUGCAACCCGAGCGCGAGCCAUCUUUGGUGUAUUCCUAUGCGAUGAUGUGUGACGAAGUCCAGGCCUUGCACAAGGCCGCCUGGGCCCGGAGCCGACAGCUGCGCCUGGUCACCACCGAGCAGGCGGACAGGCGUGCCGCCAUGGCCAUCGUGCGCGCCUUUUUCUGA